UCAAAUUCUCGUGUUCAAAUGUAGGCCAAAGUUUAGGAGGAAAUUUCGUUGGAGGUUACUAGUCUUCAAUUGGAAUAGCGUAAAUUUCUAGAUGACUAAGAUAGUGCUCAGUAGCUUCCAAAUGAGUAGUUGGCUUCGGCUGGAAGUCAAGUCUUUUGCUUUAAUGAAAGGGCCUCUAGCAGCUCUGCUUGAAAGAAGAACAAUAUCAAACUUUUAAAGCAGUAGCAAGUUAAGACGUUACUAUGGGAGGCAAGCCAUCCAGAGACCAGAGUCAGCGCUACCGUUACAACCAUAAUGGUUCUUCUGCUUCUCCAUCAAACCUCGGCUCUUCAUCCUAUUCUUAUUCUAGAAAUUAUGCUGAUUAUGAUAGAAGAAGCAAGUUGCAGUCAAGGUACCAAAUAAUUGGCGACAACUACCACUCAUUGGAACAGGUGACGCAAGCUCUUCACCAAGCUGGUCUCGAGUCUUCCAAUCUUAUUGUAGGUAUUGAUUUCACAAAAAGCAAUGAGUGGACAGGUGCACGAUCCUUCCACCGUAGAAGCCUGCAUCAUCUUGGAGAUUCCCCAAAUCCAUAUGAACAGGCAAUAUCAAUCAUUGGAAGGACACUUUCAGCUUUUGAUGAGGACAACCUUAUUCCUUGUUAUGGCUUUGGUGAUGCAACUACACAUGAUCAGGAAGUUUUUAGCUUUUUUGAUAGUCGGCAAUGUAAUGGCUUUGAGGAAGUACUUUCUCGUUACAGAGAAAUAGUUCCACAUGUACAUUUAUCUGGUCCAACAUCUUUUGCUCCAAUCAUUGAGACUGCUAUUGAAAUUGUUGACAAUAGCGUUGGUCAGUAUCAUGUUCUUAUGAUCAUUGCUGAUGGGCAGGUUAUGGCCAGAAGUCCUCAAGAGCAAAGUACCCUCAAUGCUAUUGUAAAAGCAAGUGAAUAUCCUUUGUCAAUAGUUUUGGUCGGAGUUGGUGAUGGACCAUGGGACAUGAUGCACCAGUUCGAUGACAACAUUCCAUUUAGAGCUUUUGAUAAUUUCCAGUUUGUAAAUUUCACUGAAAUCAUGUCGAAGCACAUCCCUGCAUCCCAGAAGGAGGCAGAGUUUGCUCUGGCUGCACUAAUGGAGAUACCAUCACAGUAUAAAGCUACAACGGAGCUCCAACUUCUGGGCUAUCAAAGAGGCACUUCUGGGAAGCUUCCCCUCCCUCCUCCAGUUGGGAACACUUCAGCGAGUUCUUAUCCAAAGCAUAUGCGACCAAGCAGCAAUGAACACAGUAACAGAUAUACAUGGUCAAGCAGCAAUGAACAAGGAAGUGGAUUUCAUUAUGCUUCUUCUCCAUAUACAGAACAUUCUUCACAGAAUAGGAGUUGUCCUGUGUGUUUGUGGAAUCAAAAAGAUCUUGCAUUGGGAUGUGGACAUCAGACAUGCUGUGAUUGUGGAAGAGAUUUAACCUUCUGCCCAAUUUGUCGUGCCCACAUAACCACAAGGAUUAAGCUGUAUGAGUGAUGCUGUUGUUAAGCAGCCAUAUAUGGGACUGAACAUUAAUUCCCUGUUUUAUAAUUUCUAGUUGAUUUAUGUUUCCUUAUAUAAGUCGAUUUAGGUUUAUUUGUAUAGGUUGACUUAUUCAACUAUAAAUAAACCGUCUAAUAUAUAGUUUAAGAUACACGAAAAUAUAGUAUUGUACUCGGAAUUCUUCUAUUAUUUUAACAGAAACAACGUCACUUGAGUGUCAGCAUUAAGCUCAUAAUAGUUCCUUGAACUUUUCGUAUCCUGUAGUGCUGUACACCUUUAUGGUUGCUGAGGCUAAGUGGAAUAACCAGAUUCAUAUUCCAGCC